AUGUCCUCAAGUGUGGGUUCAGAGGACCUGAAGGAAGACCUCUGUCUCUACAAGCUAACAAGGAGAGGACCUCUGUCCUGCCCCCCCGUUCCUGUAGGCCCCCCAGGACCUGUAGGUCCCGGUCCUGUAGGUCCCGGUCCUGUAGGCCCCCCCGGACCUGUAGGCCCCCCAGGACCUGUAGGUCCCGGUCCUUUAGGUCCCGGUCCUGUAGGCCCCCCCGGACCUGUAGGCCCCCCAGGACCUGUAGGCCCCCCAGGACCUGUAGGCCCCCCCGGUCCUGUAGGCCCCUGUCCUGUAGGCCCCCCCGGACCUGUAGGCCCCCCAGGACCUGUAGGCCCCCCAGGACCUGUAGGUCCCGGUCCUGUAGGCCCCCCCGGUCCUGUAGGCCCCUGUCCUGUAGGCCCCCCCGGACCUGUAGGCCCCCCAGGACCUGUAGGUCCCGGUCCUGUAGGCCCCCCCGGUCCUGUAGGCCCCUGUCCUGUAGGCCCCGUUCCUCAUUCCCGUGUUUCCCGUGCUUCAGACCCCAGAACCCGGCGUCACUCUGAGGACCUGUAACCAUCUGGUCACCGGCCUCACAGAACACAUCACAGGGAAGUCACAUGA